UGUUCAUCCAUGGUUGAGGACUAUUGUUGAACUCUUUCCCUAAAAAAAUGGCUUCAUCUCUGUUCACUCUGCUUUUCCUAAGACGCCUCACACUCUCUUCUAAACCCCAACUUAAACCCCACAGCUUUCCUCCCUCCUCACUCUCCACCAUCGUUAAACCAAAGCCCUUCUCUUCUGUUUCCCCGCAACCUGAGGGACUUUCCAGUCACGAGUCAUUGAAAGCAACCUCUCUCUCGGCGCGUUUGGACUUUGUAUUUGACCAAAUUGAUCAAAUUGAGAAACAAAAACAACAACAAUCGCUCGAGAACGACGACACCCUCCAACGUAUCCGAGCUUGGCGUCAAUCAAAAAAGGAAUCUCAACCAACCCAACACCAAUUUCAAUCCAAAGAAAAAAACCCAGAUUCCGGAAUUACUAGAAAUGAUGAAAAUCCUACUGAGUUCAGUUCUUCACCCUCGCCCGAGUUAACCGAGUCACAAACCAAUGGUGCCCUUCGGCGGAUUCGUGCUUGGAGGGAAUCCAAGUAUGGGGGAAAUAAAGAAUGUACAGAAGGUGAAGCUGCUGAAAAUGAGUCUAAAGUUAGUGUUUUAACGACUGAUCCAGUGACUGAGCUAGAACUGGGGAGGCAAAAGGGGAAGGACUUGGAGGUGGUGCAUCUAUGGCCGGAGUGGAUAGAGUUGAUGGAGAGAUUAGUGCAGCAAAACUACUUUGAUCAUAAAAGAAGAGACGAGGAGAAGAUGGUGGAAGAGAUGGGAUUCGAUAUGAGUAAUGUUGCUGAGGAAGUCAAGGAUGAUGCUGGAAUUGAUUUUAAGGACUUCAAGACUGUGCAAACUGCUUGUCUUAAUUUCGGGAAGGACCGUUUUGAUAUAUUGAGGUCAUUAUCGAGACAGGAUAUCCAAAAUUUGGUUGGUUUUGGAUGCCCAAGUGCAGACAAGAAGGUGGUUUUCUCUGCUAAAGUCUUGAGGAAAUAUGUUCAACUUGAUGAAGGAGAUGUUUGUAGUUCCUGCAGUUUGAGGAAUUCUUGUGAGAAAGCAUAUCUCCCAACGAACAAAGAGGACGAGGCACGGACUACCGAUGUUAUGCGUGUCCUGUUGACCUAUGGUUUUGAUUAUGUCAAUGGUUCCAUCGUAAAUGAAUCUGUUCUGAAACAGAAGUCUUUAAAGACUGUUGUCCGUAAGUUGCUUUACGAGGUUGUGAAGUUGAGUUCCGUUCCCAUAGACCCGAAUCUUCCACCUCCUGUAUUUAAGAAGCCUCCACCAAAAGUGAAGCAACCUCCUCCUCCUCCAAAGAAGCGUGUAGGGCGGGAUGACAUUGAGAUGAAGAAGGGUGAUUGGCUAUGUCCCAAGUGCAACUUCAUGAAUUUCGCAAAGAAUACGGUCUGUCUACAGUGUGAUGCCAAGCGUCCCAAGAGACAAUUGCUUCCUGGAGAAUGGGAAUGUCCAGAGUGCAAUUUCUUAAACUACAGGAGAAAUAUGGCAUGUUUUCAUUGUGAUUGCAAGCGACCACCUGAUGCCUUUAUGGAGAGUAAAAUACAAGAAACUCGACCCGGUUCAAGAACAAGGUUGGAGAAGGCUGCCUGGCGAUCCGAGGUCUCUAAUGGUUGGAAUUUUGACUUUGAUGAUGAUGAAUCAGAUGGGGCAGAUGUUGCUGGCUUUGAGUAUGCAGAUUCUUCGCUAAAGGGUGAAGCUUCUCCUUUGGGCAAUCAGGCUCAUGGAGGGAAGUUUAGAGGGCUUGAAGAUGAUUUCGAUACUUCUCGCCGAGCCUCGAGGGUCCAUGAAAGGGUAUAUUCAGAUACUGAUAGCAGUAAACUUGGAAUCGGGUUUGAUGAUUUUGAUGAUGAAGAUGAUAUUGAUAGUUAUGAGAUAGAUUCCCAGCAAAAUAAUCCAAGGCAGAAAGCUUCUUUGAAUGCUUACUCUGAUAAAGAGCUGUUUUUGGAGUUUGAAGAUAGUGAUAGUUCUAAUAAUAGUAAUGUUGCUGGUCAAAGGACAAGGUUUCCAUCUUACAGCAAACCAUCUAAACACGAGCGUAAAAAAGUAAUGUUAUCCGACACCGAGGAUGAAUUAGAUUUUGAUUCAGAUGAAGACCUUUCAGUUCGUCGAAACUGGAAAUCGAGGCAUGUAUCUGACUCUAAGCAUAGGAGUGGAGGCAACUUGCAUCACAGAGGAAGUUCUGGUUUUCAAGGUGUCUCCUUCUCCGGUUCGGACUAUGAAAAUGAUGGCCCACAGUCCAAGAGAAAUGAGUCGAGACAGAAUAAACUAGGAUCUACCAGACUUGGAAACAAUGCGAGCAACCGUGGUGAUUAUAACUUGAGAAACGAUUCACGAUCUAGGUCGAACACCAAGAUGAAUGGCGGAAGAAACUACUCCGAUAAUUCUGAUAGAUCAUAUCGAGAUUCCCGGUGCAAUAAUAGGAGGUUUGGAGAGGAUGAUUAUGGCAAACAGAUAACAAAUAACAUGCAGAAAUUCAAGGGUGGAAAGUCUCGUGAACAUAGUAGGGAGAUGGAUGAUCCUAGUGAAUUUAAAAAUAGCAGGCGUGUUAUUGAAAGAUAAGUCGAAAUUGUGACCCAUUUUUUAAUUAUCUUUUGAAUGCGGGCAAUCCUAUA